AUGGCCAUCGACCAGUACCUUCAGAAGAACCCCGACGACGUCGUCGUUACCUGCGCCCUCCGCACCCCUCUCUGCAAGGCCCGCAAGGGAGCCUUCAAGGACGCGACCUACGAUGAGCUUCUCCUCGCCACGUUUGAGGCCGCCAAGGAGAACAUUGGCGUCAAGCCCGAGCAGAUUGACGACAUUUGCGUUGGUACCGUCACCACCCCGAAUGGACCCAACACUGCGCGUGUCGCGGCCCUCAAGGCCGGCUUCCCCAACACCGUCCCCAUCCAGGUCAUCAACCGCUUCUGCUCGUCUGGUCUCAUGGCCUGCUCCGUCAUUGCGAACCAGAUCCGCAACAAGGAGAUCGACAUCGGUCUCGCUGUCGGUUACGACAACCUCACCUUCGCUGGUGGCAAGAGCUUCGACUUCUCCCCUGAGAUCAUGAGCAACCAGGAGUGCGUUGACUGCACCAAGCCCAUGGGCUGGACUGCCGAGAACGUCGCUGGUGACUUCAACAUCUCCCGUGAGCAGAUGGACGCCUGGGCCGCCAAGUCUCACCAGGCCGCGGCCAAGGCCGACGCCGAGGGAAUCUUCAAGGACGAGAUUGCCCCGGUCCGUGUCCCCCGUGUCGUUGACGGCGAGCGCAAGACGGUCAUUGUCGACCGCGACGACGGCAUCCGCCAGGGAACCACCAAGGAGUCGCUCGCCAAGGUCCGCCCCGCGUUCCCGCAGUGGAAGCCCGGACAGACCACUGGUGGAAAUGCGUCCCAGAUCACCGAUGGCGGUGCCUUCGUCCUCAUGAUGACCCGCCGGAAGGCCGAGGAGCUCGGCCUCCCCAUCCUCCUCAAGCACGUCGCUACUGUCCAGUCCGGCCUCGCUCCUCGCAUCAUGGGCAUUGGACCCUCGAUCGCCAUCCCCCUCCUGUACAAGCGCCUCGACAUUAAGCAGUCCGACAUUGACAUGUUCGAGAUCAACGAGGCCUUUGCGUCCAUGAUGGUCUACUGCGUCGACAAGCUCAACCUCCCCUGGGACAAGGUCAACGUCAACGGAGGUGCCAUCGCCCUCGGACACCCCUUCGGAUGCACCGGUGCCCGCCAGGUCGCCACGGGCUACAACGCCCUCAAGCGCGCCGGAGGAAAGACGCUCGUUACCUCCAUGUGCAUUGGAAGCGGAAUGGGCGCCGCGGCUCUCUGGAUCCGCGAGUAA